AUGAUGAGGGACAAUGGAUGGGAAACUGAAGAUGAGUUUGCGGUGGCAGCUCAAUACCACCUCCCUCCUCCAACAGAUACACCUUACAGAACACCAGCGCCAUCUAUUCGCUCAAAUCGAUCAAACCGCUCAAGACGUUCUUCGAGACAAAAAUCGGUAUCUCCAGGGCCAUCUUCUUCGCCACCACCGCUCCCUCAAGGAGAGAAGCGAAUGAGUUGUUCUCUUGACGUUACCAAUGAUGAAACGAUUUCUAUUCUCGACCCAAGACGAUUUACACCGACUUUGCACGCUAAUUUGGUUGCUGAAAUUUUAACCUUACGUAGGGACCAGGAAGAGAAAAUCAGAACGAUUGAGAGUUUGGAGGAGGCACUUCAUGAUACUCGUGGAGAACAUGAAUCUUUACAAGAUCGUCUUGCAGACACGUCAAAGGAAAGUCGUACUUUGAAACGUCAACUGGCUUUAUUAGAAGGUGGGACCUCGUCUGCUUUAUCUGAAUUAGCAAAGGAGCGAGAUGAAGCAGUCGAAACUACUUCAGAGAUGCGCCGCCGAUUGGAGACCGUUCAGAAGAAACUCAAAAGUCGAGAUGAGGAAGUGGAUCGCGUACAAAAUCUUUGGGCAAAUGACAAGGACAAUUGGGAUGAAGAGAGGAGAAAGUUGGAAGUAAAGAUUCACGUUUCUGAAAACAGACUUAAGACAGUCUUGGAUGAGGUCGCCGCAUAUGAAGCCAGUCGUUCAAGGAACCAACCACAAGUAACCAACCCAGAAGAUAAAGACACUGGAAACGAGAGUGAUGGUGGUAGUGUUCGAACAAUGAGUUUAACCAACAGUUUACGCUUCUCGAUGCUCAAUGGGCCCAAUGGAUAUGGGGUCACUAAAGGAAAUGGUUUGAGCCUUGCCGAUGAAUUAGAUCUCGACGAAAGCGAGACUGAUUAUGACGGUGGACGUGACAGUCUCAUGUCAUCCCCAGAGAAGCAUCACCGAACUCAAAGUCGUGAAAGUAUCCUAUUCCGCACUCACCGUAGGAACCAGAGUGGCGACAGUAUGAAGCGACCUGGAAGCAUUACCCGAGGUAAAUCAUUACUCAACCAAACCGUCCUCGAGAGGUUAGAAGGACGUAUUUCAGAGGAUGAUGAGGUUGCACCUAAACCAACAUUUCAAUACGUCGACACUGGCAUUCAGUACUCCCCUCCACCAUCGCCAAAACUUUCGCCAGUAAUUGAAAUAGUUUCUGUUAUUGAGCCAACAGCGAUAGCUGAGCCAGAGAUUUCCCACAAAUUUGAGGAAGAGCCAUCGGUUGAGAUAUCGAGUAAAGACUGGGAAGUUGGAGCGAACCAGCGAAGGAAGCGUGUGUAUACAAAUCCUCCUUUGGUCAUCGAGCCUCCUAAGAGUUCUCCUAUGAUAUCUUCGGCAUCACAAACUGUCGAUGAACCUCUCAGCCCCCCGCGAACACCUGUUUUCUCAACCCGAGCUCCACAACCACCACCUUCUCAGUUCAUGCCUAUUAAAGAGGAGAAUAAGAUGACAUCUGCGUCCACACAGACAGAAGCCGAAGCCGAAUCCCGCGAAACACCACCAACAUCCACCAAACGUAUUCCACCACAAAUACCCAUUCCAUUGAUUCAAUUGCAUCCGCCUUCCUCAGCUCCAGCAACCCCUCGGCAGUCUUUGUUGCCGCAAUUCUCGAAAGAUGUAGGCUGUCAGGUUUCAAUCUCAGCACCCUCUUCAACAAGAUCGAUGGCUGUACAAACGGAAGAGAUCAGGGUCGCUCAACGCUUGAAUACUCUUCCAGCUCAUCUUCACCCAUCUAUUAUAUCGUCUAGCCCUCCAUCGCCCGAUCUGAAACCCGAUGGUCUUCAGUUCUCGCCAAUUCCAGAUACACUUCCUCCCAAGAAUCCCCGUCGCCAAAGCAGUCAACGCAGUAUAACAACGCUCCCAUCAUCGCCACCUUUAAUGGAGACAAGAGAUGCAUAUCCGGGUAAUAAUGACGAUGGGCCUUUGGCAAAGGACAGAGGACAGAUUAGAAGAUCUCAUCGCGUCAGUAGUCUCUUCGCAGGCUUCGAUGGUGCAAGCUCUGAUGAGGUUGAUGAAUUUGAUGAUGGUGAUGUUAGCGAUAAUGAUUUCAGAACCGCACUUUCUGCUCCAAACGCAACAAAGAAGGAUGAUAAAAACAUGUCACAAGUCUCCAGAUCAAUUCCACAAAAGAUAGAAACCCCCAAUAUCUUAUCUAUCAAAAUUCCUUCCAAUCUAGAUGAUGAAGAAGAUGAUCAAUUCGAUGACGAAAUAUUGGAGUUGCCACCUAGGACGUCCAACAAAGCCGCUCGCACUCUUGGCCAUCCUUUACCAAUUAUUUCAAUGGCUAAACCAGCUCAAUUGCAUCGUUCAGCUCUUAUUCAGAGUGGUGUGAAUGCUCACCGUCCCCGACCUGGUAGCUCUGGGGCGAUCGAGGAGGUUGCACCCCCAUUUCCGAUACCUACUAGAGCAAGCUCUCGGAGACCUGGAGCUGCUGCUAGUGCACCCAGCGAUGGUAAUAGAAGUCCCAGCCACGGCAGAGGAUCAAAGCCUUAUCGAUCUGGUAGUGUUAGCCGAAGUGGCAGUGUUAGAAAAGUUCGAUCCGCUGCUGCUAUCACGAGGGGUAGGCGUGCUCCACGACGUUCCGAAAGCAGAUCACCACCCAUGUCACCAACUCUAGAGCCCGAGAGUCCUGGCUUGCCACCGCUCCCACAUAACGAUAUCACGACGCCGCGAUUUUCGAGGGAUAAUGGUAGCGGUCGUUACAGGAUGCAUAGACAGCAAUCAUCGACCACAAACACCGCGUUUACUACGAACACUGCUGGAUCCUCGGUCAUUACUGAUACACAAGGUACCAACCAAGCCACAAGUGUAGUAGAUGCUAUUGCCCAGACAAUGGUUGGAGAGUGGAUGUUCAAGUACGUUAGAAGACGCAAGUCCUUCGGAAUGUCUGAUCAAGAUGGGGAUAAUGCUACCAACGGCGCUCGUCACAGGCGAUGGGUUUGGCUCGCGCCUUAUGAACGAGCUGUCAUGUGGAGCAGUAAACAGCCCACAUCUGGAUCUGCAUUGUUGGGCAAAACUGGAAGGAAAUUGACAAUUCAAUCCGUGUUGGAUGUCAAAGAUGACAAUGCACCACCGAAGGGAUCUGGAGGAGUUUUUAAUCGUUCGAUCCUCAUCCUUACACCAGCACGUGCCCUCAAGUUUACUGCUAUUUCACGAGAACGACAUUAUGUCUGGCUUACUGCUCUAUCCUUCCUCGCACAUUCGUCACAGGCUGUACCCGAUGUUAUCGCACCCCAUCCUGCACAAACCUUGUCUGCCAAAGCUCCUCCACUACCCGACUUCCAGAAGCCCGGUCGUAUGCAAAAAACACACAAAAUUCGAGACUCGAUCAAGGUUGCGAAGGGGAAAAAUGCUUUUAAUCGUACUGGUCCUGCAUCAAAUUAUUCAUCUUCUCAACAAACCGAUACAAACACGAGCGUUCGCGACAAUGAAUCGUUUCAUACGAAUUCACACUCGGUACGCUCUGACCCUGCAGAGGCACCCGUCGUACCCCGCUUUUCCGAAAGAGGAAUGGGUGGUCAUGGCAGGAAGCGCAGUAACACUGGCUCACAUAUACCACCUCCUCUCUCUUUCCGAGGUUUCAGUGCUGGUCAUGUACCAACUAAUAGCACUGCAGGUAUGAGUGACAGAACAACAGGCUCCUCCGAGAAUCACAGCUCUUAUUCUCAGCCUUCUUCGGUGACAGGAUACAAUGGACCUAGUAGUCGCUCAUCUAUUCGUACAUCUGAUGCCAGUGCACGUCCAGGAGUUGUUGUAAAUAACUUCUUCGAUGCAGUAGGAACAAUGCGAAUGGAAGCUUUUAUUUCUCCACUAGGUGUUAGGAGAUUUGAUGAUUUUCCCGACGAACAAGACGAAAUGGAUAUGAUCAGUUUGCAGCGUCGACGCAGCAGAGAUGGAAGCAGAAGAAAUAGAAAUAAGGAAUCUUUUGGUGUUAGUCGAGGUGGCUUUGGUGGGAGAGCAAUUGAAGAUUGGUACAGCGGAAGUAGAACUGCUGGAGAAGAAGAAUGUGGCCAUCAUGAGUUGGAAGAAAAAUCGGAAAGACAUGGAAGAGACUCUAGAGAUGAUCCUUUCAGCAAUUUUUGA